UCCUGUUCAUUUGCUCUACCUGCCAUCAUGCUCCGCAUCUUUCUUUCCACUCUUGCGAUCCUUCAUUUGAGUUUUGUCGAAGGCCACCUGGUAACUGGAGCUCUGAGGCAGACUGUGAAGCUCUCAUCUCAGACAAGCUGCAGUGAAGGAGCCGCUAAACUGAUCCGCAGGCUGGCAGAUGACAGCGCAGUGCCUGUUGCCUCAGCUCCUGUUAACCAGCCUUUAAAGCCGGUGGAAGCAUAUAGAGGGAGGAUGGAUAUCUCUUCAUCAGGAGUUUAUCUGAAGGACGUCAACUAUAAUGAUAACGGACAUUAUGAAUUCCUCUGCGGUGGCAACAUGAUUAUUAUCAGGCUGGAUGUUCUGGUUAUCUUGGAUAUUUCAGUGUGUGAAGGGCAAACAGUGAGACUUCCCUGCUUCUCUCAAACUCUGGGUGAACAUGUGGAGUCUGUUCAGUGGGAUACAAAGGAGAAGCCUGUAAUAAAAGUGGAACUCUCCAGCCAAACGGCUGAAUAUGCAGAAGGGUUUAAAGACCGCGCGUCUUUCUCUGACUUGGAGUCUGGGGACCUGUCGCUGAUCCUGCAGCAGGUCCAGCUGGAGGAUCAAGGGGACUAUUUCUGCUUUGCCCAGGGAGGCUCCAGGGGGAAGAGACGCCCUGCUGCAUGGAGACUGGAGGUCCAUCAGGAGCAAUGUAACAAUAAACCAUCCACCACUCCACCUCAAACAACACAGGGGCCACCUGGACUAAAGGAACCACAUGUUAUCAUCGCAGUCCUGACGGCACUGCUGCUGGUUUCUGUUGCUUUUUCCAUCUGGAUGGGUUGCUGCCUCUGGUCUCAUAGAUCCGCCUCAUCAGCAGGGAAGGAAAACUGUCUACAAAUGGCAUGCUUGAAGAAAGAAAGCUGCACAUCGAUCGAAGGAGAUGGACUGUAAUAUGUUGAAUUUGUUGGUAAUUGGAAUUUUGUAAAGUUUCUCAUGGUCAGCAUAGUGGAACAGAGCCUGUAUGUGGGAUGUGGAAGGAGGGACGGUCAGGGUUUGAGCCACUUUAUUUCAGUAAGUUGGCUCCAAGAAGAACAUUAAGACAUACAAAUAUUAACAAGUGUAUGGUUUGCCUCCAACAGGAUGCAAAACAAAUCAGAAUGACUCAGUGGCCUAAGCACAUUUUCCCUGCAGUGAUGCAGAUAAGAAUGUUGAAAAGGUGCAUUAAACAGGUGCAGGGCGGUGUCGGAAUCUUUUUUUGCAUUAAAACAGAAAUACUGUGAA